UCGGUUCACUAAUAAUACAGCGCUUGUAUUUGGUGUGUGUAAUAAAUUUUAUAUGUAAUCAACAAGUGGUUUUUCUCUUAACUUGACUUGUCCAUAACAACUACCUGACAGUCAGCGUUUUCACGUUCACAGCAGCACAUCUCCGAUCAAGCAGCAAUCAUGCCGGGUAACGGAUUAUUGGAAACAUCCCCUAACUAUGUCAUCAACAAAACUGUAGCAACUAGAUUUCAACAAUUGCCACAACCUUCGGAUAAAAUUAUGGCUAUGUAUGUGUGGAUCGAUGGAACUGGACAAAAUCUCAGAGCCAAAUCCAGGACAUUAGAUUUUAUUCCCACUAAAAUAGAAGACCUUCCAGUUUGGAAUUACGAUGGUAGUUCUACUUACCAAUCACAAGGAGAAAAUUCUGACACGUAUUUGUAUCCUGUUGCAAUGUUUAAUGACCCGUUCAGAUUAGCACCAAACAAACUCGUUAUGUGUGAAGCAUAUAAACAUAAUCAUACUCCCACUGAAACCAAUCACCGUAAAGGUGCUUUAGAAGCAAUGAAAAAAGCAGCAGAUCAAAAGCCAUGGUUUGGUAUUGAACAAGAAUAUUCCUUGUUAGAUACUGAUGGAAAACCUUUUGGAUGGCCGAAGACAGGAUUUCCUGGACCUCAGGGUCCAUACUAUUGUGGUGUUGGAGCAGAUAAAGUUUAUGGGCGAGAUAUUGUUGAGGCUCAUUACAAAGCAUGCUUAUAUGCGGGUAUCAAUAUUUCUGGAGAAAAUGCUGAAGUUAUGCCAGCUCAGUGGGAAUUCCAAGUUGGUCCAUGUGAAGGUAUUAGUAUUGGUGAUCAUUUAUGGAUGGCGCGGUUCAUCUUACAUCGUGUUGCUGAAGAAUUUGGUGUUGUGGUAACACUUGAUCCCAAACCAGUGCCAGGGGACUGGAAUGGUGCAGGAGCUCAUUGCAACUUUUCUACAGCUGCCAUGAGAGAAAAUAAUGGAAUCAUUGAAAUUGAAAAAGCCAUUGAUAAGCUAUCUAAACAGCACAUGAGACAUAUCCGAGCAUAUGAUCCCAAUGAAGGUCGAGAUAAUGAAAGACGUUUAACUGGUAAACAUGAGACGUCUUCUAUCCAUGAUUUUUCAGCUGGUGUUGCCAAUCGUGGAGCAAGUAUACGUAUUCCACGUGGUUGUGCUGAAGACAAGAAAGGCUACUUAGAAGAUAGAAGACCUGCGUCUAAUUGUGAUCCCUAUAAAGUAGCUGAAGUAAUUGUGCGUACUGUAUGCCUUGAUGAAUAACUCAAUUACAACCACAGAUAUUACCAUGUUAUAUGGGAAGAAUUUUAAAAAUCAUAAAUUUAAUCUGUACACACCAAAUGUACCAACUACCUCUUCUUGUUACAUGUAAAUCAACAGCUGUAUGAUUACUGAUAUGACACUGUUAUGUUAUAAUCUUUAAAUAUUAUUAUAAUUAUCACUGAGAUUCUAUAUUAUUAUUAAUUUGCAUUGAAAAAUUUACAAUA